AAGCGCACUCUGUAGUUCGUCGUGCGUUCGCUUGUGUUGGCUGCUCUGUUUUGCAAGCAGCUCGCUCCGUUUUUAUGGCCACAGCGCCAAGAGCGCAGCCUCGCAAGGCAAUCAGGGCCAUCUCAGGGCCUUCAGGCCUUACUUUCCAAUUCGGAAGAGCACGACCGGCCAGACUCGUUCUGGUCGGUCCAGGUGGCGUUAUUGGCAGUGAGCUCUCAUAUAAUCAUGAGCAGACCUGCUGGAUUUCCCGUGAUAGUGAUAAUGAGCGGCUUUCGUGGAUUCCAGAGGAAAGCCGGUGGUAUUUCGUGAAAUGUAAAGGUGUUUCUUUCAAGAAGCCAGAGCCAGGUUUCCUGCGUUCGAAGUCGACGCAGUCGAUGCCUCAUGAGCUUGAAAGUGGGAGUUGGGAAGUCUGUAAGUCCACCAGUGGCAUUACCACCAGCAAAAACUCAUCAGCCAUAUGGGAGCCAGACGACACUGUAUACAUGGAUACUGUGGACAAUUAUUUCCAUCAGAUCGUCGAUAGUGCCAUUUCCACAAAGAAGAAGUCUCACCUUGACUCUGCAAUUGCCUUCGGUUGUAAGUUUAAUCUUCGCGACGCUGAAACAAUGCGGAAUGCACAGCGGGCAAGACGCUUUUGGGACUUCGAAUGGAACAGGAAAGCGCAAGAGGUUGCUUCUCGCGGUAUCAAACUCCGCCACAUGCUGGAUUUCUAUGAACACAUAGUUUGCGGUCAAUAUGGCAAGAAGGACCCAACCACUGCCGAGAUUGUGCAUGAUAUCAUUAAACACUACACAGACACAGACAGAGCUAGCUUGACUAACCAGUACCCCCCAAUGGGAAAUGAUGGUAUCUCUUUUCCACAUUAUCAUGUCAUUCAUGCUUGGGGUUCCCGUCAUUGCGACGUCUUGAGUGCAUUGGUAUAUCAUCUCACCGAAUUCACAACUCGGGCUACAACUGUGGCGCAAAUCGAGUCCGACUUGCGCAGGUAUGGGCGAGAGCAUCUGUCCCCAAAUCUGGACAAGUAUGUCUUCUUUUGUGCCUACUGUGUGAACCAAUGGGUGAGUCUGUCCCAAUUCGCAGGGAGCUCCGCGGUGCUGACGGACGACGAUGCCGCUUUUGAAUGCGAUAAGUUUGAAGAGGUCGCGACGCACAUAAGCCAGGCGGGUGGUCAAGCCAUUGUGGCAUUGGACGAAGCAUGUACGCCCCUUACACGGAUAUGGUGUAAUAGUGAGAUCGACGAGUAUUUUGAGAAAAAGCGUGACAUACAUUUUAGCACGAGCAGCAUUUUCGACAUGCAAGACCAUCACUUCAGUGAUGUCAGGAAGUGUGGCGCUUCUUGUGCAGAAGACAAAGCACGUAUAUUAGCAAAGAUCGAAAGCCGAGACGGGGGAGUCGACCAUUUCAACGAACGGCUCAAAACAGAAGUCAAAGAGCGGUUCAACACAUUCAGGAGAAACAUUGCCAGCUCACAGAUGCACAUGCCCCUGAAACACGUGGACCCUGCAGCUGAAAUCCAGGCUUUGCGCGCGGAGGUGGUGAGGGUCAGUUCUGAGUUGACUACAUUCCGCGGGCAUGUGGCUGAAGAGAUGCACGCCUCAGCCAGCUUGCGCAGCACAGUCGAGAGUCUCAAGAUGCAGCUCGAGUCCGAGAGGGUCCGGUCGUCGACGUUGCAGGACGCUGUCGACAUGCUGCAGCAAGUAGCGCUCGAGCAGCAGGGGCACAUCGAGUGGCUGAUCGACAGCGUCUCGCAAGCGAUGGGCCCCCCUCCCUGGACAAACCUGACCCUCUUGGCUGCGCAGGUCCGCGCAGAGGGCACGCGGCACCGGAGCGCGCGGGCGUGCGUUUGGGCUGGCCAGGGCGGAAAGGUGAGAUCUCAUGGCGCCCACAUCGCCGAGCGGGCUCGUUCGGAGCAAACGUGAAGCUCGCUCCGUUUUUUUCGCUCGCCGCUUCGGGGUUUGACACUGGCGGAAAUCCGCGCAGAAAUCCGCUGGAGCACGUCCUGCAAGGUCGGUGCAGUGAUAGAUCAUCGGCCGGCACCUCCCCCCCCCCGGGGGAGCGCCGAGAGAUGCAGGACGAUAUCCCAUGGUAGGCGAACGGCAGGAUCGGUGAGGCGGUCGGCGGAUGCCCCCCGAGCGGAGCCCAGAGGGGAGCACCAGCUUGCGCGUGGGAGGCCCGCCUGUGCGGCCGAGAAGCUCGCCCUCCGCGGGCAGCCCGCUCCGGCUCGCCCGCUCGGCCCGUGCGCACUCAUCGCGCGCCUCGGUGUGACACCGCCCUGAUGCGAUGCGCUGCACCAGCGAGGACCAGCUGCGUUGAGAGGAGUUUUAUUUCGGGCGAAAGCAUGCGUUACUUACCAGGGG